AUGUUCUUUUUAAUUGUGGAAGAGGGGCAUCCUUGGACUAUUCGGCACACAGUGUUAGAAAGAGUCACUACUCCUUCAAGCAACCCAGUUGUGCUUGGAGAUUAUGAUAUCUACCCUACAGGAUCUAUUCAAGUAACCAAUGUAGCAUGGUUUGUUCGACUCAUCAGCCAUUCUGUCUCAGGUCGAGAAGAUAAAUUCCGAGAUGGAGUUCGUGCUAGAGAUGGAAAAUGCGUCAUAUCCGGACAGGUCAACCCUGGGGCCCAGUGGGAUGACUGGGCAGGGUUUGAGGCUGCACAUGUCUUCCCGCUAAAGAAGGUGAGUUUCUGGAUUGAGUUUAACUAUGGAUGCUGGAUAACAAACAUGGAUGAUGCUGUGGGAGUGUCCAAAAUUCAUUCCAUUCAGAAUGGAAUACUCAUGACAGGACAUCUGCACACUCGCUUUGACCAAUACCUGUUCUCCGUGAACCCAGAUGAUGGUUACAAGAUUGUUGAGUUCGGGCCUGGCAGCUGGGGAAUUGACGGAUGCGUAUUGAACCCUGUUUGCUGCGAUCCAACCACCAAUAGUCACGUCUCAGAUGAGCUGCUCCGGUGGCACUUUCGACAGUCUGUGCUUGCCAAUAUGCGGGGUGCAGGAGAGCUUAUCUUUGAGUCUGAUUUCCCCCCUGGAUCAGAUAUGAUGGCAACAUUGCAUUUGAACUGUACGGCAAAGAGAGGCUUGAGAUGGAACUUGAAUCAAGGCUCCGGUCUGAGAUUACGAACAAAUAGCGGAAAUCUUACUCAUUCUAUGUCACCGACAACAUCCAUCAAGUAUGGCAUAAUCCAUCUCGCUGAUGCAGUGCAAACGCAUGCGCGGUUACAUCUACAUCAAAACAUGGGCAACAAAGUCAUCAUCACAACCAUAUACUCAGUGGAGGAGCAAGAGGUCACGAGACCGUGCAACAUAGCUUGA